GUUUAUCUGCGCUACCAGGGUCCAUCUUGGUCGGCUUCGGGACACACAUAUCGCUUCGUAACAAAGAAUGUCUGUCAUCAUUCGACUCCAAAACCUACCAAUUUCAGCAAACGCCUCAAAUAUUCGACGCUUUUUCAGCGGGUUAUCCAUUCCUGAAGGGGGCGUGCACAUCGUCGGGGGCACGGAAGGUGACGCAUUUAUUGCCUUUGCUACAGAUGAAGAUGCAAGAAAAGCUAUGCUGCUUGAUCGACAAACAAUCAACGGGGCAUCUGUUCGCCUGUUUCUGAGCAGUAAAGCCGAAAUGCAGUCAAUAAUCGAAUCUGCAAAAACUUCAGCCUUAUUUUCUAGUGGAGGAAAUCCGGUUUUAUCUCAAUCUAUCUCUCAAAAGACUGAAACUAUGCAUGCACUAGAUGUGACAGCUCCUACACUGCCCAGUUCCUUCCCAUCGUACCGUAAUGGAGCCACUCGUGAAUCAUUUGAUGAUUCCUCCAAGCAGUAUCCUUACACCUAUGGCAAAGGUGUAACCUUGGAUCCCCCUCGUGGACAAAUUGAAUCAGCUGAACGUAACAACCCGGACAAAUAUCCCGAAACUUUACCUCCAGAUAGACCUCAUUUUAGUCAGGAUCGAGAUUAUAGUUACAAUAACCAACCUAACAUGCAUUCAAGGUAUGAUGCGAUACGAGACUUCCCACCAACUAACGACUAUGGUCCAAGAGAUACAUACUUGAAUAACCGAGGUGACUUGGGACAUAGAUCUUAUCGCGAUGAUUACGAUUAUAGUAGGCACCCGCCAUCGAUUACUUCUGAAGACAACUUCGUCCCGAGAGGCAAAGACAAUGAAGGCAAAAGUAGUCCAAGGGACUCUUAUGCUGAUCCUUAUUCUGCGCUACACGUCUCGGAUGGUAUGACGACAGAUUAUGAUAAGUACCGUGCACAAUCUCCUAGAGUAUUCAAUGAUCGGUUCCCUCCACAUGAUAUUCAAUCACGUGAGUUUGGUCAUGGAAAUACCCACCCGUUUCCAUCAGAAUUUAGAAGUGGCCCGGGUUAUCCGCUUGAUCGUGAAACUGCAUGCACUGAUUCUAGGUUGCAAGAGGAACGCGAUUUUUCUGUUAGACCUCCGUGGCUCAACGAUAAUGCACCCGUUUCAGGACCAAAGCGUCCAUUCCAGCAUCAGACUUCAGACUUUGAAGAGUACCCACGAAAACGUCGACCACAACCCUCAUCAUAUACUCGCCCAUCUGACAUAGUGCCUGGAGAAACUGAUUACGUACUAAGAGUUUGUUUGCCCGCCCCAGAAGCUGGGAUAAAGACUGUUUUCGAAGUUUUACGUGGCGUCCAAGUUGUUCCAAAAUGGGGUAUCCGGGUUGAAGAAGAUUUGCUACAACGUCCCACUGGGUAUGUGUUUAUAAUGAUGACAACUCGUGAUUCGUAUGAACGGGCACUCAGUUUUAAUAAUCGUCCUCACAAAGGAGACGUGAUAAAAGUAGUCAAAUGCACUCUAAGUGAAUUUUACAGUGUUAGUGAUACAAACUUUACUUCAAAAUGCCCUCCAGAGGUUGCCAAAAAACUUCCACCACCUGAUCAGUUCUACCCUCCUCAUUACAACGAUGGUUGUCUUGAGCUAGCUGAGCUCCCAUCUGAUACCACCAAGACAGAAGUAGUUCGGUUUUUGGGUGCUCCUGGUCUAACUUGUGAAAAUGUUGUACUGGCUCGGUUCCCUCCAAAUGAUAAGUCUGCACCACGCAGUACCAACUUAACUAGGGCACUAGUUACGCUUCCUUCUGCAGAGGAUAUCAAAAUCCUUCUUUCUGCCAAACCACGGCCAUUUCGACCAGAUGUGGGACUUCCAUCAGUGCGCUUAACACCAAUAUCAAAGUUGCAAGUCACUGCUUAUUCAGCCUUAGCGAUCGGUAGUAAAUCUGAAAGUACUAAAGAAUCUAUCAAACCACCUGUUCCUCGUGAUGUCGAUUCGGAGCCUACUAAACCACCUGGUGGCUUUUUGACAUGUGCUUGUGUCAGUGGGUUUUCUCGCACAGUAAAAGAUUCUGAAGUUCUGAAUCUGUUUCCGUCCAUCCUAAUUCCUGGAGAUGCGGUACGGCUGGCUCCUGAUGCUAAUAUUGCUUUCAUUGAUUUUAUUAGUGAAAACAACUGUCGUCGUGCUGUAAAUGAAGCAUCGACUGAAGGUUCUAAGGCAAAACAGUCACAUCCAUCUCUUCAUAUAGAAGCCAUUUCUCGAGAGGAAAUGCUGAACCGUUUGGGUGCCGAUCCAAAAGAUGAACAACUCAACUUUGACAGACCUGGAAGAUCUCGUGACAGAGAUCCUCGGGAAUCCCGCAUCCAUUGGGAUCAACGCCAGCGUCCGUCACCUUCGAAUCCAUUUGAGAGCCGUCCCCCAAGUGUAGGCAGAGCUAAGUACGAUGACUCUUACUAUGACCGCCCUGCUGUACCUGCCCCUUUUGAUGACCAUCACGACUCCUUCCGUAGGUUCCGCCCGCCUGUGGAUAAUUUACAUUCUAUCCCACCACACCAAUCAGAUAUUUCAUCUGUUCCGAGACAACCUGUUCCUCUUCCACAUCGUCGCCCAGUUCCUGACUUUGUUACAGUUUUUGUCGGAAAUCUUCCACCCGCAUGUACAGUUGAUCAACUAGCUGGAAUAAUGCGGGAUUAUUACUUCGUUCCGGGUUCGAUAAGACUACGCCGUGAUCCUCAAGGGCAGUUUGUUGGUGAAGCGUUAGUUGAUUUCAAAACAAGUUACGAAGCUGAUAGGGCGCUCAGAGGACUAAAUGGAUAUCGAGUAGCCGGUCGACCCUUGGUAUUGCAUUUUGAUCACCGGAAGUGACAGUUUCGUGGACAUCGACCGAGGGACCUUAUGGCUUGUGGUGUUCUUUCAGCAUGGAUUCCUCACUAUAUUUCGUUUCAAUUGGAACUGAAUCAAUUCGUGUAUUUUUGUGAAGCAGUAGUCACAGUGUGUAGUUGACAGACUCUAAAUCAGCCUAUUACCAAUUCUUCAGUCCAAUGUGUCUUUUGUGUACAAACCUAUUCGAUCGAAAAAGAGCUUUUUUACUAUAGUUGCUCUAUGACUUUUCUACUCGUUUGACCUGUUGUUACCGUUGCCGUUAUGUGAUCGGGUUUUCCUAUUUGGCUCUAAAAUAAAUUCGGUUUGUCUGUAGUUUUAUUUGUGUUGAACGAGUGGAUUGUAGGGGUGUUUAUAUUUGGAUUUAGGGUUGAAAUGGUAAUGAAGCAGCAUAUUUAGUGAGAAUAGAAUACUUUUGCGUACACUGAAUUGAUGGAGGUUGUAUAGAUUUCAGUGAAUGUUUCGUAUGUUUCUUGACUUGACAUUGAUGGUUUUUAUAAAAGUAACAGUUGAUGGUUUUUUUCUCUUAUUAUUUGUACAUAGCGUAACUACAAUAAUACAAUAUCCUAUUAGGCUCAGU